CCUCCCCCUUCUGCUCCCGCCGCCUCCGCCCGCCGCCCCGGCCGCGUCGGGUAAACCUGUUCUGCUAGGCAGCCGCGCCGGGGCGGAUCGAGCGGCCCGCUGCUCCUGGCGGCUCGAGGCGUCGGGGCCCGUGGAGCGCGCGGCCGGCCCUCGGCCGCGGCCCUCGGCACCGCCACCAUGUACUCGGGAGCCGGCCCCGUUCUUGCUUCUCCUGCUCCGUCGACAUCACCCAUCCCAGGCUAUGCCUUCAAGCCUCCACCUCGGCCGGACUUCGGCACCUCCGGGAGAACAAUCAAACUACAGGCCAACUUCUUUGAAAUGGACAUCCCCAAAAUUGACAUCUAUCACUAUGAAUUGGACAUCAAACCAGAGAAAUGCCCGCGGAGAGUGAACAGGGAAAUAGUGGAGCACAUGGUCCAGCACUUUAAGACCCAGAUCUUCGGGGACCGGAAGCCAGUGUUUGAUGGAAGGAAGAAUCUGUACACUGCCAUGCCCCUUCCAAUCGGCAGGGACAAGGUGGAACUGGAGGUCACACUGCCAGGAGAAGGCAAAGAUCGUAUCUUCAAGGUUUCCAUCAAGUGGGUGUCAUGCGUGAGCUUGCAGGCAUUACACGAUGCACUUUCGGGGCGGCUGCCCAGCGUCCCUUUUGAGACGAUCCAGGCCCUGGACGUUGUCAUGAGGCACUUGCCAUCCAUGAGGUACACCCCUGUUGGCCGUUCCUUCUUCACUGCGUCUGAAGGCUGUUCUAACCCCCUGGGUGGGGGCCGAGAAGUGUGGUUUGGCUUCCACCAGUCCGUCCGACCUUCUCUUUGGAAAAUGAUGCUGAAUAUUGAUGUAUCAGCAACAGCAUUUUACAAGGCACAGCCAGUGAUCGAAUUUGUUUGUGAAGUUUUGGAUUUUAAAAGUAUUGAAGAACAACAAAAACCUCUGACAGAUUCCCAAAGGGUAAAGUUUACCAAAGAAAUUAAAGGUCUAAAGGUGGAGAUAACGCACUGUGGUCAGAUGAAGAGGAAGUACCGUGUCUGCAAUGUGACCCGUCGGCCUGCCAGUCACCAAACGUUCCCGCUGCAGCAGGAGAGUGGGCAGACAGUGGAAUGUACAGUGGCCCAGUACUUCAAGGACAGGCACAAGCUGGUUCUGCGCUACCCCCACCUCCCAUGUUUACAAGUUGGACAAGAGCAGAAACACACCUACCUUCCCUUGGAGGUCUGUAACAUAGUAGCUGGGCAGAGAUGUAUUAAAAAGUUAACAGACAAUCAGACCUCAACCAUGAUCAGAGCAACAGCCAGGUCGGCACCAGAUCGUCAAGAGGAGAUCAGCAAAUUGAUGCGUAGUGCAAGUUUCAAUACGGACCCAUAUGUUCGUGAAUUUGGAAUUAUGGUCAAAGAUGAGAUGACAGAUGUCACAGGGCGGGUUCUGCAGCCACCCUCCAUCCUCUAUGGGGGCAGGAACAAGGCAAUUGCCACCCCUGUCCAGGGUGUGUGGGACAUGAGAAACAAGCAGUUUCACACAGGCAUCGAGAUAAAGGUGUGGGCCAUCGCCUGCUUCGCACCCCAGCGCCAGUGCACGGAAGUUCAUCUGAAGUCCUUCACAGAGCAACUGAGGAAGAUCUCAAGAGACGCUGGGAUGCCUAUCCAGGGUCAGCCCUGCUUCUGUAAAUACGCACAGGGGGCAGACAGUGUGGAGCCCAUGUUCCGGCACCUGAAGAACACCUACGCUGGUCUGCAGCUGGUGGUGGUCAUCCUGCCUGGCAAAACUCCUGUGUAUGCUGAAGUCAAGCGUGUGGGAGACACAGUCCUGGGGAUGGCCACACAGUGCGUGCAGAUGAAGAAUGUGCAGAGGACCACGCCACAGACCCUGUCCAAUCUCUGCUUAAAAAUCAAUGUCAAACUGGGAGGCGUCAACAACAUCCUGCUGCCACAGGGCAGGCCUCCAGUGUUCCAGCAACCUGUCAUCUUCCUGGGAGCCGAUGUCACCCACCCCCCAGCUGGAGAUGGGAAGAAGCCUUCGAUUGCUGCAGUCGUGGGCAGCAUGGACGCACACCCCAACCGCUACUGCGCCACCGUGCGUGUCCAGCAGCACCGGCAGGAGAUCAUCCAGGACCUGGCUGCCAUGGUCCGGGAACUGCUCAUCCAAUUCUACAAAUCGACACGCUUCAAGCCCACCCGCAUCAUCUUCUACAGAGAUGGCGUCUCUGAGGGCCAGUUCCAGCAGGUCCUCCAUCAUGAGCUGCUGGCCAUCCGAGAGGCCUGCAUCAAGCUGGAGAAGGACUAUCAGCCAGGGAUCACGUUCAUCGUGGUGCAGAAGCGCCACCACACACGCCUCUUCUGCACAGACAAGAAUGAGCGGGUUGGGAAGAGCGGGAACAUUCCAGCAGGCACAACCGUAGACACGAAAAUCACCCAUCCAACUGAGUUUGAUUUCUACCUGUGCAGCCAUGCCGGCAUCCAGGGGACAAGCCGUCCUUCUCACUACCACGUGCUUUGGGAUGACAAUCGAUUCUCUUCGGACGAGCUGCAGAUUCUGACAUACCAGCUGUGUCACACCUACGUGCGCUGCACGCGCUCCGUGUCCAUACCUGCGCCAGCAUACUAUGCUCACCUGGUGGCCUUCCGUGCCAGGUACCACCUGGUGGAUAAAGAACAUGACAGCGCUGAAGGAAGCCAUACCUCUGGGCAGAGCAACGGGCGAGAUCACCAAGCGCUGGCCAAAGCGGUCCAGGUCCACCAGGACACACUGCGCACCAUGUACUUUGCUUGACAUGUUGUAGUGUUUAGCGAUUGUGUACCAAGUUGGAUUCACACGAGACCAGCUACACUCAGACCAACAGAUGCCCAGCCCCUUCGUGACAGCCAGCAUCGAACAUGAGACGUCUUUGGUUUUAUUAGAUCCUUCAUUUUCCAGAAUGCCUUCCGUCCCAGAUUUCAAACUUGGAUUUUGAGCUGCAGGCCUGUAUUGAGACCCCAUUGUAGGAAACAUGGUUUGCCAAAACCUAUAAGCUGCUCACUGAAAGAGUCCCAUGUUUCCUAAAAACAAAAUAACAACAACAAAAUGUCCUAAAACCAGUCUGUGAACUCUCAGGGCUUUAAAACAUUAAUUUAUUUGGUCAUUCGAUUACUUGUUUUAAACACCUGAUUCUCAAUGAAAUCGAUGGGCUCCAACUAGCUGUGAAGGCUCUGAGCAUGAAAGCCACACCAUCACCAUUGGGGUUUUAAAGCCUGGCCCUAGGAAGUUGUCGCUAAUGUUCAGUUCUGAGGGACGCCAUGUGCCCUGCAGCCCCAGGGCAGAUGGCUGCUAGGUAUCCAUGGUGUCUCUUGCCUGCCACUGCCUGCCCUCGAGGCCUGAACCAAGGCAUAGUGGCAGCGGACGGUCACGUGUGUCUACAGCAGUGACAGGUCCGAGAGAUUGGCAGACAAGUGCCAUUUUGAUAAAAAUUUAUUUAAAAUGAGAAAAAAAGACAAUAUACUGACAGUCUAAUCAUAAGAUUUGUCCUGUGGGACUGUGACAUUUAUUUUCCAAAGUUUCUAAAGAAUACGGGUCUGUGGUGAUAAAUACAGUACAAUCCUUUUUCACUGUUAUGUCUUUAAUGUAAGAGAAGAAUAUAUAUAUCUGGUUUGCAGUAUUAAUGUGCUAGGUAGAUGCUGUUUUCCUUUUGUUGACUAUGGGGUGCUUCUUGGGACCUGGUUCACAUAUCAGGAGCUGUUUGGAGCCUGGAGACAGGCCACCUCUUGUGGCUUUUAGUGCUUAAGUAGAGGAAUAUGCAACUGGCUUCAAGUGACAGCGAUGCACCCUUCCUUCUCCUCCCCCUCCCCAGUGUGGACUGUGUAGCCUGUACCUCUGGGAAGGACAGCGUGCUUGCCAGUAAUUUGCCGUCCUCCUUGCCUCAUCCAUGUGUGUCGCUCAGCCCAUGAAGCACAAAUGGAAUUUAUUUAUUCUUCCAUUGCUGGGAACGAGUUCACGGACGAGUGCACCUCUCUCGGUGUAGUUCUGGAAGGUGGGUUUCGUAGGAUCUAUGCACUGAAAUGGAGAGCGAGCUGCCAGCAGCGGCGGCUCUGCUGGCAUGGGACUGGCAGGUAGGAAUGGAACAUACCCGAGAAGCCGAUGGUGGAUAAGGCCGGCAGGGAAGGCACAGACUGCUCUGGGUGGUAUUUGCUUCUGGGCCUCAACCUGGCCUUGCCACCCCAGAGACCAUUGAACUGAGAGGGACACUCCAAACGGCUCUGUCGGUGGCAGCAGCCGCUUCAGUGUGUGUGUCCCCUGGGACUUUUUGUGCUUAUCCUGAAGCUGAGCGAGAAUCAGGUCCGUGUUCCACAUCAAAGUUCCCGGAAGGAGCUGAGCCUCCUCUCUUCUGUGCUGCUUUGUGCUCUGUGGGUUUUCUCUGCCCCUGCUGACGGUCGUUACCCUCCCCCCACCCCAGCUCUGCGUGGGAUUUACCUCUGACCCUGCGGUGGAGCAAGGGUGCCCACCCCUGCCCUCCACUGUGGCUGGUACCUCAUGCUUGAGGGCACAGUGCCACCUCUGCCCCAUCACCCACCUGCUCUGGAGCUGGUGGGCAGGGCAGACGCAGCAACCUGGGAAUUCAUACCCUCAGCGGGGUGUGUAUCUGUGUGUGCAUGUGGGUGUCUUACUAAUGACAUUAGUCUCUUCUUGCUGUGUCUUUAAAAAUCUUUUAAAGUGACAAACUCCAGUCUAAGACGCACUGGGGCUGCCUGCUAUCCCAUUGGCAAGUGGCGCUUUCUCAAACUGUUUCCAAAAGGGUAUAAAAACACUCAGCCCACCAAGCGUGGUCAGGCUGAAGAACUUACUCAACUGGUAAACUUUUAGACUCUGAAAUUAGAUUGUUUUUGGCCAUUCUUAACACCGUAUGUCUCAAAGGUGUAUCUUUUGCCCCUUGCCAUGGGAUCUCAGACAUGCAAAUGAGUGUGUUAGAAUGCAGAUUCUCAGGCCUGCUGCCAGCCUCUUGGGUCUGGCACAGCCAGCUGGGCAUCUGUAUUUUAGGCCACCCCUCCCCCACCCCCACCCCCGUGGCUGUGGAGGCUUUCUGAGGCAGUCCCCCAUGACGCCAAGGGAGCAGGAAGGAACCCUGUCAGAGCUCACACCUAGGAGCACUUGUGAGCUGGGGAAAAAAAGAAAUCUGAGCUGGGAGUUUUGUUUUGUUUUGAUCGUCUUGAAGGAUAAGUUUUCUUUUUGAUGGGCUAAAGUACUUUCUUUGGCCCAUGAUUAUUUGUGACACUUUUUAAUACGAAAACCAUCCCCAGACCAAAUGUCCCCAAUUGAGUUUAGAUGCACAUCGUCCACACGUCCGAUGGUGCAGUUUAUAAAUGGCUGGAGUUCCAAUUUCUCAGGUAAAUAAUUGUUUCCCCUGAUUUUUUGCCCUUCCCUUAUUAUUAGUGUAAGUUCUGAGACAGUGUGAGACCUCAGAGUCUUCUGUGGGAGCCAGCUAUCAGGCUGCACCUGUAACUGGCGACAAGGGCCAUUAGCUCCUGAAGUAUCUCCUGAGGACAGGAUACCUGGCCAAGGUUGAGGACUGCCCACUUACUUGCUAGCUAUGUUUCCAACCCCACUGUUAAGUAAGGUGUGCCUUGCUUUAAGCAAACUGAAUGUGAUUAUGUUGUUCUGCUCUGUAUCCAUUUGCAAGGGAAACGAGGAUGUGCCUGUCCCUUUAAGAGAGGCUACCCAAUCAGACUCCCAUGCUGGGACUCUUCCUAGUAUGUUGUAAGAUAUUCACGUUUCAAAACCCAGUCGUGACUUCUGUCCCUUUACCACUGUGUACGCCAUGCAGCAGCUUCUCCCCAUGCUGAUGAAGCAAUCUAAAACUAUAGGGAGACCUCAAGGCCCCGUUCUGUAGGUGAGCCCUUAGUAAUACUAGCAAAACUCCUAUCUUGUCACUGUGUCGCAAGCCCAGAUUCUCCUAGUCCCCAUCAGCCCUGAAGCUGAGCACACCUGUACUUCUAGAGAGGGGCUGUCUGGGGAAGUCCUCACAUGCACACUUGAGACUACUUGGCCCACUCUGCUUUCUCCAGAUUUGACCUCUUUGCCACUCCUCACACCCACCCGCUGACUGGCCUCGAGGCCACAGGGCACUGCCAGUGGGGAGGCCGCUAGCUCCAUGCUAUCCGCAGCUAGCCCAACAACUGUUUUCCUGAUGUUUACCUGUUACUGAGGCUCGAGAGAAAGACAGCCCCUGCAGUGGGGUUGGGCAGGGUUGGUUUUUUUUUGUUGUUGUUAUAUGUUAUUUUAUUGUUUUGAAAUGCAAAUGUUGCUAUUUAUUUUUUUUUCUCCUGCUCUAGUUUGAUUCACCUGAGUUGGCUAUCCCAAUGCAUGUGGUACCUGAUGGAUAUGGUAGAGAUUAUUUCCCCCAACUUUUAUAAAUGACCCGAUGUUUACCUUCAGGCUUGCGGAUGCUUUAUUUUUGGAAGCCACAGAUGUAGUUUUUCUGGAUGAAUUGUUUUUCUUAUAGAUGCAGCGGUAUGCUUUUGCAUUGAUCUGCAGGGUGAUUUGAAUUUUAUUUUUACAAGCAGUUUUUCAAUCAAAUUCUAUAUUUGAUACAGUGUGUUAAGGGUAGACCAGCCCCGAGUCAUGCAGCUGGGACCCCUGAGUGUCCAGGAGGCCUUAGGGCUAGGUGGCCUCUCUUGGUGGUCCCUGUGGUGGUAGCACUGACUGGUCACAGGAACCUUCAGGGUCCUUCAGCAUGGCCCUGACCUCUUGGAUUGUUACAAGGAUUUUCAUGGGCAUUUUGCUACGCAGGCAGUGGACAAUCCCGGUGGCCCCAGACAAGCCAUAAGCAACCUUUCUGUGACCUUUCCCUGACUCAUUUUUCACACCCAUGAAAAAAGGAAUGUCCCGUGUCCCCCGUCCCCCCCCCCCCCAGUAGAAGUUACACUCCCUUGGUGUUCAUAUGCCUCAUUUGUGAAUGCAAACAUUUGUUUCUGUUUUGAGCCCUUCCCCAAAGUAACCAUGCUGGCUGGCUCACAGUAGGCAGCGCAAUGUACCUCUGUCAUGGGUGCCCUGUUGCAGGCAUGCUGACUCCUGGAAGUUGCACUGAUCUUGGGACAGUUUCCUUUAUCGCAUCCAACUCCUUAUCUGCUGUACUCCUUUGAAGGGAUUGUAAACAGAUUCAGUGGCAGGAGUGACGUGGAUGUGGGACAUUGCCUCGCUUCUGCGAUCCCAACACACAUUUCAGUAUUAUAUGCUAGCGUGUGCGGACUAGCCUUGUCCUGCUUUCGGACCAGAAGUUCUCCACCUCUGGACAGGACAGCAGUGCUCUUUGAGACCUGAAGGCUUGAAUGUAAACGGACUAGUUAGGAGUCUUUGUGGCACUUUUGGUCUGUUUUCUUGUGGUCUGCCAGGCCCCCAAAAGUGUGUCAUUCUAGUUGCACGUGACCUUUGUCAGCUUGGACAGCAUCUGAAUUGCCCAGCUAGUGUUAACAGGCCACGGCUGCAUUUCUUUGACCAGCCAUCAACUUAAAGCUGUAAGGUCACAGCUGUGUCCAGCUGUCGUUUAUGGUGCCAUCCUGGAUGGCAGGGAUACCUGAAACCCAGUGCAGCCCUUCAUGCCUUGUGACCCAGCUGGGGUUCUAAGUACAAACUCUGUUGAGCCCCACAUGAACUGUCUGUGGUCAGGGUACCCAGUGUCUGAAACAAAAGGAGCUUUUACACUCAAACCGCCGUGUGUGUGUGUGUGUGUGUGUGUGUGUGUGUGUGUGUGAUGUCAGUGCCAUUGCAGAGCCCUCACUUUGUGUCUUUUGGAUUUGUUCUGCCAUUUUAUUGUCUCAAGUUGAAUGUAUCGGCUUAGCCAAAUCACUACAGAAGGUGGUUUCUAAAAACCUUUUAGACAGAUGCAUAAAAGCUACCUCUGACUUCUCAUUAGUUUGUGUUUGCUCUGAAGCAUCGCUAUCCACACUGAAUAUAGCCAAAAUGUCGCCUGAAUAAACUGAGUGGGAACUCCUCUGUUCAGUUCUGGCUUGAAAACGUGUGUGCCAUACUGUGAUCUGGGGCGGCCCCCUCUGCUGACCAGGGACUCCUCAGUACCGCCCAGCUACGAGAGUCUAGCACCUGAGAGGCUGGCAGAAGGGCUUCUCUGCAUGGGGAACAUGCAUCCUCCAGGCCGGUGGAAGUGACUCUGUUCAGGGCCACAUGCGGCUGAGCCUGGAGACAGCCCGUUCCUACCUGUUUUGGCUUUCCUAUGAAAUGUAAGAAGGCAUCUUUUCCCUGCUUGCUUACGAAUGGGUUGAAAGUGGCUUGCUCCCCUGCUCUCUCCUUCCUUUUUAUACACUAUAAACUCAUAAAGGUGCUUCAACACCGACUCUCGCGCAGAUAAUGUAUUUACAGCAGUUGCAUGGAUUCAGAUAGUGCAGGCAGGCAUAGCUGACCCUGUGUGAAAGUGAAGGACUAAAAGUGCUGUCCUCUGAGCCCAGGCCUCCUUUUGGAAGGAGUCAUGGGCUCUAGUGUUGGCAGUGCAGAUCUGACUUCCAGAGUUGUCGUGGACACUCACCACCUCUAACCAGAUCUCCUGUGUGUGAUUGUCCACUUGGCUUUCCAGAAGGUCAUCCUAGUACAUCACGGCUCUACCUGCACCCCUUAGCCUCUCUCUUCUUAAAGUCUCCGUGGGCUAAUUUUGGAAAGUCAACAUAAGAGUUCCCCACUAGUUGGCUUAGGAAAUCUGAGGACAGUUGGACAGGGUCCUGAAGGCAGGUGCUUGGGUAUUAAGGGGGAUGGGAUGGCUCUGCCAAAUGUUAUCUUUGUGGCCCUCCGCUCUAUUCUAAUGAUUGUUGGCUGGGGUGUCACCUUACAUGCCUUUGACCUGGGCAGCUCACUACGCUUAGAAGCCCUCACACAUUUCUACGUGGAGAAACAGAGGCAUGGCAUGUGAGUAUUUAUGGCACCCCGGGUUAUAUAGGUCCUCUGACUCGGCUGAGGGUUUGAUGAGAAUCCAGAGAGGCACAGGGCUCGAGACAUGUUCUGCCUAGGGUCAGGCCCACCCUCAGAAGGCACCAGCACAGAGGCAGCCUUCCCUUUCGUGACUUGUGAGGGGUACCAAACAACCCCAGGCCUGGCCACUGCCGUCUUCGGCUAACACUUUUUUUUUUUUUUUUUUUUUAAACUGGUUGCUUUGAGAACUCUAGCUAUGUGAAACCUUUCUGUGCUCUGGCGGGUCUAGUUCCUAUGUUCCUGAGGGCUAAAAAGGCUGAAGGAGCUCCCGUUUUGUUUAAAGCUGCCUUUAUUCGAGUUCAUUUAAAGCUAAGGCAUCAGACAGCACCUUCUUCCCUGUGGGUGUCACCAGGAGGUAGGUGUGGGGACCCUCCUCAAUUGGGUUCUUUCUGCCUCUUCAAGCUCCUUAACAUAUGUGGGUCACAAGAGCACCUCCACCAGCCAUCAGCAGAGUGAGGUGCAUAUGUGGGGACAGAAGCUCUUGGGAUAUCUACAUGUUGUGUACAUGGCCACUCAAGGUUGGGACAGAGCAGGCCCUCCAUCCUACCCUGCAGGUGGCCCUAGCCCUGCCUCCAGGCUCUGGCUGCCCUGGCUGGACACCUAGUCCCACACCUUGCACCCUUAAAGUUUAAAGUUUUUCCUCUCUGUCCUUUCAGAACCCUACGGGGGCUAGUCUUUAGUUGACCCUGCCUAGAAAGCUCAUCAGCCCUCAGCUCCUUCUUGUAAACUGUGAUACCACCCUGCAGCCAUAGAGACACCCUCAGUCAGUCCCAUCCUGGAUUCUUUGUGUCCUAACAGGCAGGCUCGCCUCUGCUGGGGUUUGAGGAGACAGAUACAAGACCAUUACUUGGUCUGGUGUUGACUACAACCACUGGCAAAGGCCGGUGUUGUGUUCUCUGCCCCUCAGCAAAGGUCUUGUGUUCUCUGCCCCUCAGCAACACUACCUGUGAUAGUGGAAGUAGGUUUAGAGGGAAUUGGAAUCAUGUCUUUGUGAAUCUUGUGUGGCGUCCUCAGGCGUAAGGUGCUAUUUGGUCCUAAUGUUUUGGAAUGCUUUGUCCUUGUUGUUACUCUGUUCUGUGACUCUGGGGGAGACUGCUCAUUAAGAUGUGCUAUCACUUAAACCGAAAACAUAGGACUCCAGCUUUGACAUGCCUAUGAUGUAAUUCUUAUCUCUGACCUCAAGCCAGGGAUGAAGCAGUUUCCUAGCCUAGUCUAAUUAAAACCACCCUCCCUGUCAAGGGGUGUCUUUGUUGGUUUUAUUAGGGGAAGUGAUCUGUUUAUUUAUUUUUUUAAUUGCAUAGAAAAAGCCUUUGCCUGUGCAGCGCUGGCUGUGGAGGGAUAAUGCAUUAACAAUUUUGGUUGCUCUUCAAAACCAAAUAGACCUAUGUGAUUAAACUCAGAAAGGGUACAGUUCAGCAUUAAAUUGAAAUUUGAAUCCUGUGUUUGAGAAGGAAUUUCAGUGUAGUUGUUUAAGUUAUGAAUUCAUGUUUUAUAACUGUAGGGACAAAUGCUCUUUUAUUUAACAAAAUAAAAAAUGUUGUAAGAGAAUAAUUGUAAGUUUCUGUGCAACAGAGUGGCUACUGCCUCAUAAAUACAGGAAAAGAAUGUAGCCCUGAAUCCAGACUCUCUUACCUUUCAUACACUUCAGAUUACCUGCCUAAUAUGUAUUGAGGGGUCUCAGCCCUUUUCUCAAUUUUUCUAGUUUUAUUUUUAUUUUGUAAAAUAAUUGAAAAAGCACCAAAAAUGAAUUCAGAAGUUUCCUAGUGGCUCCUUGCCCAGUCUUCAUUUUCCCCCACACUCAAGGGUUUUUAGAAGACAUUUUGAAUCAAGAUGUAUUCCAUCCAUUUAACGCUUGCUACUUUCUGAGGAGUGGAGCGGCUAAAAGGGUGUUUCAGGUGGUACUCUGUAUGUCAUGGACAUGUUUGUACCUGUACAGUGGAUCUAUGUGACAACGUCUUGUGCUUGCGGUUUAGAAACCACGCAGUGCUGUUUUGUAAAUUGACAGUUUCUGUGUAAACUAUUAUUUAUAACCCUUGGCCCCUCUGUAUAAUUUUUCAUUUGCUACAUGGAUUGUAUAAUUAAUUAUAAAAUUAUAGUACCUGCUAAACCCAGUUCUGAGGCUUCAUGUCAUUGUCUUCGGUUUGAUGCCAGUCUGUGGAUUGUGAGGAUGCCCAGGCCUUGCCUGAUACCAGUAGUGAUGUCACUUUAAAUUAAGCCUUAAUCAGAUAGUGAAUUUGUGCAUUUCAGAGUAUGCAAAAAAUAAAAAUAAUAAAUAAAAUAGGCAGCGUGAGUUUCAACUGUCCAAAUCAAGAUGCUCAAUCGUAACUCAGCACAUGUUCCCUCUGGAGUUAAAAAGGGCCGUUGCCAGGGUUACAUUUCUCCUCCUCACUUGUGCUCUCCUGCGUGGCUUGAUGAAAACAGAUCAUGUGCAUUUCGGUGGCAGCCUAUCUAGAGACCUUUGCAGGGACAUCUUCAAACGUCUGAUUUCUCUCCUCCGGUCGGAGAUGAGCCUUGGCUGCUGGGAACAUGAUGGAGGCGUAGGUUUCACCAACCUGCUCGUAGGCUCAGCUCUCUGCAGUACUGCCACCUGCCGUUGCUUCUGCAUAGAUUACACCAGGUUUUUAGUUCUGUAAAAGCAUCUUCGAUCUUGAGAUAAGAUAGAGGGGACCCAGCUUUCUUUACAAUGUGGAUCUACCUCAGUUAAACAGUUGGGUGCUAUUUACUAACUCUGUCAAAUUAAAUUGGAGAAAGUAACCGAACGGGUGGGACGUAACUAACUCCACAUGAAACUUGAAAUCAUCAUUUCCGUUUAUUUAAUAUUUCUUAUUUAUUUUGUGCCUUUUAUGUUAACCCUAAUGCAUUUUUGAAAUUCUGAAUAGUCAUUUUCUCUUGCAAGUCGGGGAACCCGACUGACCAUGCAAGUGUCCCAUCCGACUGCUAUCAUUAUUGGGAUCCCAGCCUACCCCCUUGGGAAAAUGUGUCCAAAAGCAAAUGUUACACAUAAUAUUGUACACAUAACAUACUCCAGCUCUUCUAUGCAUGUGUUCAUAGCUAUCACUUCAUUUCUGUGCCAUUGAGAGGCACCCCCCCAAAAAAAGAUACCCCAAGUGUGUGUGUGUCUGCUUUUUAAGCUGUUCGUAUCCCUCUCCCUCUGGCAUGUUUUGUAUGAGACUUUCUUUCAUAAACAGCAAAUGGACAGUUGUCGAUUCCAUCUCCUGGUUUGCAUGGUGAAGGUGCUAAACACCAUGGGCGGAGGAGGGGGCAAGCUCACGCUGGCUGGAGGCCAGGCUGGAGGUGGGGAAGAUGUGCAUUCUGCAGCAGCCUGUGGUUUCUGAAGUCAGGAACACUUUUUGAUGGGUAAGAAAAUAAGAUUGGAGAUCGAUGACUUUCCACACUUUUAUAUUUGGCUGUUUACAGUUCUAGACUUUUCCUGCUAUGGCAAUCUUUUCUAACAAUUCUUUGGAGGUAACACAAUAUUUUGGAGUCUUAAUGAAUUUGAUUUUAUACCAAUAAGAAAUAAAAGUUAGGGAGCUUUCCUGUAGUGUAUAGUCUUACUCUCUUAAGGAGAUCUCUGGAUUUUAGAAGAGAACCAACUAUACUUGGUGGCAAGACUCCGAAAGGUGAUUUGGGAGCGCCCGCCCCCACCCUCCCCAUCCCCACCCCCCACCCCCUCUGCCUUGCAGG